AUGGAAAAUUUAUCAAUUGAAACAGUUAUAGAAAUGCUACUUGAUCGUUUCUCAUCAACUGAAUUGAUGGAAAAUACAUCAGUUCCAGAUCGCGGUGUGGCUAUCUCACUCUACUGCCUUUUUAAAGAUACAUUUUUGCUUGCACUAGACUUAAUUGAUAAAAAACGUAUUGUUGCAUGUCAUUGGGAGCCAACUAUAGAUCAACAAUUGCAGUGCCUACGACGAAUUUAUUAUGUUUUUGAUGCUAUUGAUGACCAGGGCGCUACAGAUACUUUUAAAGAAAAUCAGAAACACCAAUACGAAGUAAGAACAUCAGCAUGGCAUUGUUCAUGUCCAGAAUUUGCAUUUUCAGCAUUCAAUAAUGAUCAUGAUAUUACAUGGGACCGGGGUAUUAUAAUACCUGGAAGUUUCUGGGGAGGAUAUAUUCUUGGACAUCCUAUACCAGUUUGCAAGCAUUUAUUAGCAUGUGUACUAAUAGAGCGUGGAUUCUGGAUACGUCGCAAGAUCUUAGAAAAGCCAAUUAGUAAAGAAGAACUUAUUUUGCGUUCCAUGCAAUAA